AUGACGGAAAGCCAACGCAGCCACAAUAAGCGAACAUUCGGCGAGAUGUCGAGCUCAAUAUCCAUGGCCAGACGCCCCUCGGCCGACCCCUCGCCAUCCUUCCCCGGCUCGACCUUCACCUUCCCCACCCCUCCGCCACCACAGACACAAACACACUCCCAAGGCCAGCGCCGCACGCCGCAUCCGCACAACCCUCCACGCUCCUCGCCCUUCAGCGUCAUGCUCGACCCACGGCAUCCCCCUUCUCGCCCGAGCCUUGACCGCCAGCCCACCGUCAUCGAUCUGACAGACGACCACCAUGAGCGCGCGCCCUCACAAUCACGGCGCUCGUCACAGCGCUCUACUCUUCCCCCGCAGCUGGAGCGGUCGGAUUACACGACACUUGGGGACGUCAUCAGCAUCGAAUCCGACGACGAUGACGACGAGGUCGAGAUCGUAUCCUCGCGAGCCCUCCCGUCACGACGACCCUCGGCCCCUCCUUCACGACUGCGGCUCCCCCGCCCACCUCGAUCACCACGCCAACACGCCGGCCACCCGUGGCCUCAUCUCCCCAGUAUGCUCCCGCCGAUGGACGCCCCGGAAUCGAUACUGGACAAUCCAAGCCUCCUUUUCGGCGGGCUCGCGGACAUGUUCCCAGGCAGUUGGCGCAAUCUGCAGGGAAACAUGGAGCGGUACGUGUUGGGGCGGCAAUCCGAAAUAGGGCCCAUCCCGGUGCAUAUGCGUGGCGCGUCGAUGAGGUUCCGUACAUUUCCGCUCCAUGAGCAUGUGAGACAGGAGCCGAGGAAGGCAGAGCAUGUGCCGCCGCCGCCGGUGGGUGAAGGAUUCACGCGCUCGCCCAAGGAGGAUGACGUGAUUGUUUGUCCAGCGUGCGACGAGGAGUUGGUGGUUGGACCUGAGGAGCCGGCUGCGGGGACGACGCCUUCGUCGACGGGGAAGACGGCGGCAAAGGCAAAAGCUAGGAGUAGGAAGGAUAGGGAGGAGCAUCCAUUUUGGGUGGUGAGGGAAUGCGGUCAUGUCUACUGCAACAAAUGCUACCAGAGCCGCAAGCCAGACACGAAGUCAACGAGCAAGAACUUAUUCCCCGAGGUGCAGAGUGGCGCGAGGAAGGUCCCGCUGUGUGCGGUCGAUGACUGCACGAGCGAGGUUGGGGAUAAGAAGUUCUGGGUUGGAGUAUUUAUGUGA